UCUAAGGAGCCUUGGGAGAGUGGAAGUCGCGUGACCCAGAAGAGGAAAGGCCUGUGAAAGGAGUGGGGGGUGGGAAAUGUCUGUGUUUUUGCGGUUGCUAGGCGACUUUGCGCUGAGGGGGCCUUUGCGGGCGAAGGCGGGCCAGGUGGGAGCCGUUUUAUUUUAUUAUUUCGAUUUCAGUUUCUAUUAUUUUGGCCGUUUUCAUGCUGCUAAAUCACGGCUGUCUGUGUAAAAAAACCCGAUGCAACCGCAAAUAGAAAAUGAGUUAAAACUCAGAAAAAUCAGAAUUCAGUUAAAAUGUCUGUCGGGACAAUCUUUUCCAAAGACAGCUCCCGCAUAAGGCUGCGCUGCCGUUUACCUUCGGGGCCUCUCACAGCAGCCUGACAGGUGUCAAUUCAACAGGUCGGGCACAGUUCUUCGUCCCCAGCCAUGCGGGUUGAAGCAUCUCCUGCUAACGUUGCUUUUAAAAACCACAAAGAUGAUACAGGCCAACUUCGUUUAUUAAUUUGGGUAGACUAAUGUGUCCAUUCCUUGACAAAAGCCUCUCCUAAGGGGUUUGCGUGAUAUUGCUAAGUUGUCAUUGGUCUGGUAUCAACUCUUCCUGUGGCUGUUAUGAGGGUUAUUUACACUUUAGAUGUGUUAUAAAUUGCUUUGAGUAGCGCGGGACAAGUCUAAUAAGUAAUAAUGUUGUGAAGUUCUUUUAACAUGCAAAGUGCUUUUGAGGCACUAGGGUUAUUUUCCUACACAACAGCCAGGUGAGGUAGGCCAUCCACUUUUCUAUGGAUGGGAUGAGAGAGAGAGUUACCACUUUUUCUUCCCUUUUCUCUCUGUUUCUUGCCUGGUUUUUAACACUGGUAUCAUUGUCCAUCUUUUGCAAUUAACUCUUUUCCAGAAAUGACAUCCGAAAUUCAGCUUCUUAUAAGUUUUUAUAAUGUAAGCGGGAAAUUCAAUCAGCACCGUUUGUUUUGCUUUUAGCUUCCUUACUAUGUGGGUGGAAGGACGUUGUUUGGAUGCACCUAUUUUAAAGCAACUUCUGGCCUGCUACGACCACAUAAAGGUGAAUAAAACCCUUAAUACUUCAUAAUAUGUUGACUUGUGUACUGGAGCCUUGUUUCUGUUUUCUUAAUUUUAUUUGCACAGAGGGGGGUAUACAGAUGGGCCAAAGAAGAUCAGCUUCUACUUUAGCUGGUCAUAUUUGCUAACUGUAUUCUAUAUUCAGGUUGCACUCCUGUAUGUAGUUACCUGGGAGUAAGUUUUCUGGAAUUCAGUGGGACUGACUUCUCAGUAGAUAUUUUAAUUUUAUCUGUUUAUUCAUUUAUUAUUGUGACUUUUGAGUUGACAUGUUCAUUUUAGUUGUUGUUAUCAUCAAGUCACCAGGUGGUUAUUUUUUUAUUUUUUUAUUUAUUUUGUAUGUCUUCCUUCAGGCAAAUAUUACAGGGCAGUUGACCACAUAAAAAUACAAAUGAGAACAAAAAACAUAACAAGGCCAAAAAAACCCUCAAUAACCCCCUCCCCCCCCCCUCACAUUUAAAAGGCCAUAGAAUGUUAAUCAGCCCAAGGCCUGGUUAUAGAGAAAUGUUUUUGCCUGGUACCUAAAGAUAAGUAUUUUUUUUAGAAAAAUAUUUUUUAUUAAAGUUUGGAAAAAGGGAUAUUAUCUAUUAUAUUUUUAUCAAAACUAAAAUGUUAGUCUAAAUAAAAUUGCAGACCAAAAAGAAGAAAAAAGAAAAGAGGAAUAGAGAAGAGCUAGAGGGGAGAAGGCAAUUCAAAGAGAGGAGAGAAAGAAAAAGGAAGAGAGAAAGAAAAAGAGAGCGAGAGAGACAAAGAAAAUAAAGGAACUUUCCAUUCUGUCCACUAUAUAUAAACAUUAUUCUGAUAAUCCACUCCAAUAUGUAAUGAAGGUGCCAGGCAUGCCUCCCUGGGGAGAGCAUUCCACAAAUGGGGAUGCAUCUGAGGCUGGUUGGGCAAUGACCCAUUUGCCCUAAUGUCUUCUGGCUACUGGCUGUAAAGGUUGGAAGCGUUGGAGAUUGGUGAUUACUGCCAUUUGCCCUUUUUUUAAACUCAGGUAGGUAAGAGAGCAUCUAGGUGCAUUCUCCCUUCCUUGGACCAGCAAAGUGGGUUUUUUAUAUUCCAGGGCCAUCUCAGGCUCUAGGCAAUUGAGGAAAAUAUCCUGCUGAUUACUGAAAUGAGGCAGCGAGGGCAUAACUGCACUUUCCUCAUGUUUGUUAUGUCAGAACCAUAGCAAGUUCUGUGGAUCAGCUGCAUAGCAUCUGCCCAGCAUCUCCAGGUAGGGCCGAGAGAGACCCAUUGCCUGAAACCCUGGUGAGCUGCUGCCUGCCAGGGUAGACAGUACUGAGCUAGAUGGACCAAAGCCUGACUCAGUAUAAGGCAGACACCUAUGUUCCAGAAUCACUAAUACAAAUGUAGGUUAUUGCUGGAUAUUAACGAAUCUGAUUGUAGUGAUGAGCCCGGUACUGCACAGAGCUUCUGCAGAAUCUUCAACAGAUGACACAAACAUUCCCCGCCCCCUGUCGUUUUCCUCAGAGAUUCCCCAGAGGCCUGCCUUGUCCAGGAUUUCCACAGCUGCUUCUGCCAAAUCUGGAGAGGAUGCUGUGCUCAGGUGGGGCCUCCUCCUAAUCCCCAUAGCGACAUUUUGCCUUGGAACGUGGCAGGUAAAUGCAAACGCUGAAUCUGAGGGUUGCUCCAUGAGGCCUCUUGAUUCAGGGCCAGUGUUCAGAGAUGUCUUCAGUUACAGCUCGUAGCCAGUGCAAGAACCUCUACUGUGAGUUGUUUCCAAAACUUGUCAUUAUCAAAGAUUGAUAUUAACAGGCAUUUCUAUCAUAGAUACAUUAAUUUCAUUCAGUUUGCGCAGUUUAACUUAAUGGAAUUCAGUCCAUAGCCUUUACUAUUGGCUGAUGACAUGGAGUAGUUUUUAUUUGAAAAGAACUAAUAAGCAUUUGGAGUGCCUGGCGUGCUCUGGUCCAUGGGGUCAAGAAGAGUCCUAAACGACUAAACAACAACAACAACAAAUAAGCGUUUAGGGAAUUUGAGAGGAGGAACCCACAUUUUCCUUCAAAUGUGCAUUUUGUUUUGCUUUAAAGGAGGAAACAGAAAAGCUUCAGUUUUUUGUAAUGCAAAUACUUCUCUAGUAGAUCAGCUAUCCUGCCUUGGUGGGAGGGAAAUUUUGUGCUGGGGAGGGCAAAUGUAUGUCUGGUGUUGCCCUCAAGGCCCCUAAGAGCCCUUAUGCCCAUGUCAGAUUCAACGGCGGAAAUGGAAGUUGAAGUUGAUCUCUGAUCUGGAAGCCAAGGUGGCAGCAGAACCGAUCCCACUCCCAGCAGAGUAAGUAUGUGAACUAGCUUAGAAUCAAUUAAACGUGCGGAUGGUGUGUGCUGCUUUUCAGAGUGCCUGUGCCACUUUAAACAAAGUAGCCCUUUUUAUAUUCUGCAGAAUUUAAGUAAGUGAAGCUGUUCCUUGCCUUGGGCUGCAGCUCAGCCUCUCUUUCAAACCUGCUGCUUUCUGUCCUUUGACAGCUUCUCGGAGCUAAAGGAGUUGGAAUACAGACCUGUCAAGGUCCGAGGGUAUUUCAUUCAUGACAAGGAGCUGUACAUCCUUCCACGUUCGUUGGUUGAUUCAGAGAAAGAAGCCAGGGAUGCUGGGCAGCUGAUGUCCAAUCCUGAGAGUGGUGCCAAUGUCAUCACACCCUUUUACUGCAUAGACCUUGGGUAAGUAUAUUAACUGACAGACAGUUUGGGCCGCUGCCCUGUACUCAUUUACUGGCAAACAAUCUCUGUUGAAAUCUGGGGCACUUGGCUGAGCAGACAUGCAUAGGAUCGUGACAUUAGAGAGGAUCAUGGCCCUUCAAUAAAUACAGUCUGUAUAUAUUCAGAUUCUGCCUCAAAACCAUGAGGACCUGAAAUGUUCUGCACUGUUUUUAUUUGUCAUUCUCUGGAUUCUGUAAAAGGAGUCAGAGCUUGUUUCAGAAUGUACUUAUACCUGUGAUGAUUCAUUUUUGUUUUUUAACUUUUCCAAAAGUAUAAGUGAAAUUACAUGAAUUUAAUUAUAGGAGAUAGGCAUAUCUCCUAUUAUCAAAUGUAUGUAAUUUCACUAAUAUGUCUGAAUUUUGCCUAGCAUAGGUUUCUUUCACGUUGAUAACAAUGUCCGAACCGUCAUAACAUAAAAUGUCAAUUUUCCAGGCACAUGACCAUGUUAGUCUGUUGCAGAAAACAACAAGAGAGAAUUCUGCAUCUUCAAGGCCAACAGAUAUCUUCUGCCCUAGAAUCUACUCUAAGGUGCAUGGGCUAGUUAGCUAAGUGAGUGGAUCUACUCUGAGCACAGAGAGGAGAGAGAAAAACCAUUGCUGUGAAGUCAAAAGCCAAGUUACAUGAAAGAGAACUGUUAGUAUGUUAACAAUACUAUGUCGGGCACUCAUAAUAGAAUCCAAACAGAGUCCAAUCAAAUUGCCACAAUGCAAUCUUGAUGGCUGUGUUCUUAACUCUUCCCAGCUGGCUAGCAAAAAUAAGUUUUAUACAAAUGGAUUUGUGAGUAAGCCAAAUUGAAUAAAUGAUGCUUGCUUCUGAGUAGACUGGCAUAGAAUUACAAUGUUAGGUGCCUUACAGCAGAAGUGGACCCUCCAGAUGUUGCUGAACUACAACUGCCAUUGGCUCCAGCCAACAUACCCAACAGCCAGGGGUACCUGGAGUUGUAGUUCAGCCAAGAUCUGGCACGCUACCAUGCUUACAGAGUUUAUUGUCUUCUCUCUCUCCCUUUCCCCCUGACCCUGCAGGAUCACAAUCCUUGUCAACAGAGGGUUUGUCUCCAGAAAGAAACUUAAGCCAGAGACCAGGUUGCGAGGACAGGUAGGUAGCAAGGGAUGGAAACUACCACAUUAUAUAUCAUAAGACACUGUGUUCCUUUUUUAAAGGACAGAAACUGCUAUUUGACUCUUCCUUGUAGAUCCAAGAGGAAAUUGAGCUCACAGGGGUGGUGAGGCUGUCGGAAACCCGCAAGCCAUUUGUUCCAAAGAACGACAUUGAAAGGAAUCGUUGGCAUUACCGGGACCUGGAUGCCAUGGCGAGAGUGACAGGAGCUGAGCCCAUCUUCCUUGAUGCAGACUUCAGUGAGUUCCCCAAGGACCUGGCUGUGUAGUCUUGGCUUUUAAUAGGAGUGGACUGCAACAGGCUCCUGACUUUGGGCCCCAUCUGCAUUUAAAACAGUAUCAUAGCACUUGACACGGUCAUGGCUUCCCUCAAAGAAUUCUGGGAACUGUGGUUUGUUAACAGUGCUGAGAGUUGUUAGGAGCACCCCCCCUCCAAUUCCUCUCCCAGAGCUACAGUUACUAGUGGUUUAAUAGUCAAUCCCUCUUCCCAGGGAAUUCUGAAUCAUAGCUCUGUGAAGGUAAGUUGGGAUGGGUGAUAUAUCGAUACUUUGUUCCUUACCAAUAUGAACUCUAGACCACGAUCAAGGUUUCAUAUUUUUUCACCCUGUAAUAUAUUGAGAAUGCACUGCCCAGCUGGGCUUGCAGAUCCAGCAGGCAGGAAGCAGCACUUUACUGCAAGGUAAAGCCAAGUUUACUGCAAAGUAAAUAGCCAUUUCCUGCCUGCCCAAUCUGUCCCCCCUCCCCCAUAAGAUCCACUUGCGUGUCUCUUGCUAGGCAGAAUAGAAACCCAGCACGGUAUCAAGCUAAGCAGCCAUUUGGUUGGCUUGCUAUGCUAUACAGGGGGUGAAGUCAGACAGGGAGUUACACAAAAAAUCUGAGCAUGGGAGAGCUGUAUCAUUGGCAAGAAGAGUGAGAUGGGAGUGGGAGUUGAGAGCAGACUACAUAGGUUUUCACUUAUUACAUAAAAGUAAGCUGCCCCUGGUGUUUGAAUUUCUUUUCUAAAGGCUCAUAUUGCAUCUGGUUCUGACUCACUGCUGUCUCUCUCUUGCAACCACAGAAAGCACAGUUCCAGGGGGGCCCAUUGGAGGCCAGACGAGGGUGACGUUACGCAACGAGCACAUGCAAUACAUCAUUACCUGGUAAGUGACAAAACAUUUGGGGUUUUAUCUAGAGCUGGGCGAUAUUUGAAAAUCAUGAUGCAGGAAAAGCUGUUAAGCCAGCUAAUGCUUCUUUAUAGCUCCAUCCUUAUUUCAGACAUGGUGAUAUGUCUGUAUAUUGUGAUGUUUAGCUGGUGACAAUAUUAAAUACAAUAUUAAAUAAAAUAAAGCAGGAUACAGAAAAUCAAGAAAAAUUACUAGCAAACCCCCUAAAGAUAAAACAUUGAGUCAACCUAUAAAAUUAUUGCAAAUACAGCUUUCAGCAUUGCUAAAUAAUGAGAUUGAAAGCAACAUCAAAUGGAUGAAACAAAGGUUCUUUGAAGCAGGGAAUAGACCAGGACAACUACUCGCAUGGCAAAUAAAGAAAAAACAAAAAGAAAGUCAGAUAAAUAAAGUAGAGCACGAAGGGAAGGUUUAUGAAACGGAAGAUGAAAUCAAUAAAUGUUUUGUAAAAUACUUCACAAAACUAUAUAAAAGAGGGUAAGAAACAGAACAAGAAAUUGCAGAUUACUUCUCAAAGAGGAAAAUACCUAAAAUAAGCAAAGAGAAAAUGGAACAGUUAAAUGCCCCAGUUACGGUAAUGGAAUUACACCAAGCAAUUUCUAGUUUGAAAAUUGGUAAAGCUCCUGGCCGAGAUGGACUAACGUCGAUCCACUAUAAAAAAUUGGAAGAUAACAUAGUCCUGCCUUUAAAAAAUAUAAAGUUAUCAAUAGGAGGAAGAGUUUCCAUAAUAAAAAUGAAUGUCCUUCCCAAAAUGCUCCAUCUCUUUCAAACAAUUCCCAUAAUAUCUAGAGAAACAUGUUUCGAGGAGUGCAGGAAAGAUAUGACAAAAUUCAUAUGGCAAAAUAAGAAAGCUCACAUAAAAUUUAAGCUCCUCACAAAAAAGAGGGGAGGUCUGGUGUUGCCAAAUUUAAAAUUAUGAAGCAGAAUGCCUUGUGUGCCUGAAAGAAUGGAUCACUUUGGAAAAAGCAGAUUUAUUAAGACCUGGAGGGCUUUAACACGCCUACCUCGCAUAUGAUAAGAUCAAAAUCCAUAAAGGCUUCAAUAGCCACCUAAUUAGAAAUGCAUUAUUUAAAGUCUGGAGUAAGUACAAAACGAGACUGGAGCCAAUGACACCAUGGUGGCUCUCACCUCUAGAAGCCCAUGCCAUGAAAAAACUAAACAUGAAUAAGGAUUAGGCAACUUAUAGAGAUUUGAUAAUGGAAGAUCAAGGUAAACUUAGAAUAAGACCAUAUGAGGAAAUAAGGCAUUAUGUCUCCGGCAGAUGGCAAUAUAUACAACUUCGAAGUGUCUUUAACUUGGACUUGAAGAGAGGCUUUGCUAAAGAGAAUUCAUUAAUGCAUGAAACAUUAUUAAAAAACAAAAAAAAUUACUAUCUAAAAUGUAUAACCUUUUGCUAAAUUUGGACAUGAUUGACGAAGAAGUGAAAGAGACAAUGAUUAAAUGGGUGCGAGACUUUGGCCACACAAUAUAUUUAGAGCAAUGGGAGAAACUUUGGCAGGAAGAUAUAAGGUUUACCGCCUGUAGUACAAUAAAAGAAAAUUUCAUCAAAAUGUUCUACAGGUGAUAUUUAACACCAGUCAAAUUAGCAAAAAUCUAUAAACUGAAAUCCAACCUCUGUUGGAAAUGCAACAAGGAAGCUGGUGCAACAAUGCAUAUGUGGUGGAGUUGCACCCCAAUUAAGUACUUCUGGGGAGAAAUACAUGAGGAGUUGAAAAAAAUGCUUAAAAUCCCAGAGGCUUACCUACUGGGCCUUUUAGGAAAAUACUGAAAUCGAAAAAAAGAAUUUUCUUAUACACGACCACCGCAGCCAGGAUAGUAAUAGCAUCUAAAUGGAAAGCUAAAAAACUACCUACCAAGGAGGAAUGGAUUCUCAAAUUAAAUGAAUAUUUAAAAUUGGCUAAAUUAACAGCAUCCAUACAUCAGCAGUCAAAUCAAAAACUAAAAAAUGAAUGGCAAUGCUUUGAUGGUUAUAUGACAAAAUAUUGCUCUAAAAAAUACAUGCUAAUAUACUUAGAUUAAGAAUGUAAAUGCAUCAAAACAAUAAAUUAUCAAUGACUUAUGUACAGUGGUACCUCAGGUUACAGACACUUCAGGUUACGGGUUUUCAGGUUACGGAUGUGCCGAAACAGGUUACUUCCAGGUUUCAGAGCUCGUGCAUGCACAGAGACAACAAAUCGCAACCUGCAUGUGCGCAGAUGCGCCGCUGCGGGUUGCGAAUGUGCUUCCCACAUGGAUCACGUUUGCAACCCAAGCAUUCACUGUAUGUACCGUAUUUUUCGUCCCAUAGGGCGUACCGGCCCAUGGGACGCACCUAGUUUUUUUGGGGGGAAAUAAAGGAAAAAAUUUUUUCCUUUAUUUCCCCCCCAAAACCAGGUUGGGGAAUCCAAACCAGGUUGGGGAACAGCGGGAUGGCGGCGCUGCGCCUCCCCGCUGUCCCCCGAGCUUGUGGGCUGCAGGCUGCUGCUCGCAAGGCUUGUGGACACCUGCGCGAAGCAUGGGGAGCCCUCCAGAGGGCGCCCCGUGCUUCGGGCUCCAGACUGCUGCCCGCAAGCCUUGCGAGGCUUGCGGAUAGCUUCAGACUGCUUGCGAGGCUUGCGGAUAGCUCCAGAGUGCUGCCCGCAAGCCUUGCAAGGCUUGCGGAUAGCUUCCUGAAGCCUGGAGAGUGAGAGGGGUUGGUGCGCACCGACCCCUCUCGCUCUCCAGGCUUCAGCGAAAGCCUGCAUUCGCCCCAUAGGACGCACGCACAUUUCCCCUUCAUUUUUGGAGGGGAAAAAGUACGUCCUAUAAGGCGAAAAAUACGGUAUAUAGAGAAAAUAAAAACAAUCAGAAUCCAAUAAGAGUAAAAUUGAUUCUAGAGAAGCUGAGUAGUGGAGGAGGGAAGUUAAACAGGGUGGUGGGUUUAUUUUAUUUUAUUUUGGAUAGUGUAUAAUGAUUUAAUGUUUCUUUUCUGUUAUGUAUUAUUUCUCUUUUUUAAAUUAAAUUGUAUGACGGAACAUCUAAAUAACAAAAAACGAAGAACCUGAUUCUCAUCAAGGCUACCAUCAAUAUAAGUAAAAUGCACGGAUGUGUAUUUUGCAGUUUCCAUGAUUCUGGUUCUCUUGAAUUUUUGGGAAAUGAUUGGUUAUUAAAUGGCCAAAUCAAUGUGCCAAAUGAAAGCAAUGAUGCAUUGCAGGGGUUACACUAGAUGACCCUUGGGUAGGGUUGCCAUGUCUGGGAGUUCCCAGACAUGUUCUUUUAGGGGACAAAAGGCCCAUUCAGGGGUACUUAUAAAUUUUUAAGGAAAUGUGAGUUGCGGGAAGUUUUUAUUUUGCCUGACUCAGACUGCUCUGCACACCCUGACCGCUGCCAGCCUGAGCCAGGAGAGGCGUACAGGCACUCUGCAUUCCCUGGCUGCCGCCAGCCCAAACUGUGGCACACCCCUUUCCCCAGCUCGCUGUCCUCUUUGUACUCAUUAUAUGGCAACCCUUUGCAUACAUUUCUGACCCUAAAAUUGUGUGCCCUUUGCAGGUUAACCUUGUGUCUUAACACUAGCUUUCUCCCUUCUUUGCAGGUAUGGUUUGUGUGCAGCUACCUCCUACAUGUGGUACAAGAAAUUCAUUCAGAAGGUUCACCUCUAAGACUUACAACUCCUUGGUGCAAGCUUGGCCUCAAAAUGCUCACAGGAGCUGCAGCCAGUCUCGUGAGGUCACUAUAGAGAGGAACAGGCCUUCUGACUUGAUUGCAGCACUUCAGUGACCAGAGCAUGCAGACCCAAGCAAGGAACUCUUGUGUUCUGCUGAAAGUUGGCUGCAAUAUAUUAGAGCUGCAGUCUUGCCCGACUGACCUGGGAGUAAGCCCCACUGAAUUCAGUAGGACUUACUUCUGGGUAGGCAUGGUUAAGGGAGGAAUUAGGAUGAUGGGGGCCUUAACAGGGAGGGUGAAAGCCUUUCAAAUUGUAGUGCUUAUCUUGGGUUGCUUAAUGCUAUGUAAUCAGAAAUGACAUGAAGGAAAUCAGGAUUCAAGAGUAUUAGUGUUUGUGCAAAUAAUCAGCAUGUUGCUGAUACAAUAUGAUGCAAAGUUCCAUGUAAUGAAGUAGUAAAUAAAUCAUGUCACAUAUA